AGCUGUCACGCACGGCCAGGGCGAGCUCUUCCGAGCUAUGAGUCCCGGGCGGCAUGCAGUCGGGGGUCUGGUACUGAUGGUGUGUGAGGGUGCUACUCCCUUACGGAAAGCUGCACUACGAAUCACCGCUGGAAAAGUACGGCUGGAUUAAUUCUAGGGCGCAUCUAAGGUCGCCCGGCCGAAGACUUUAACAACUUCUUGAUCCGCAAAAUCAGCGCCGGGAAAUUUAGGAGAGCGGAAAGACUCCUACUGCACGGGAAACGGAUCCAGCGAUACUUUGGUCGCAUGUCUGCGAAUUGGGACGCGUCUCAUGCGGAGUUAAUGCAAUUAAAUAUGUGCGACAUGUUUCGCAUCAGUUUUAGAGUUUAGGGCUCCCUUAUAUAGCAUAUAUUGGAUACCCAAAAUGAGUUUCGAGUUAGACGGUGUUUCCGUCUGAGUUUCGGUACGGAUUGUCCUAAAAGCGCAGCGCAGAGGUAUCGGCGGAUGCUGUCUGUACGGCGGGGGGUUGUCAGAGACACCGACCCAUCUCUAUUUGAAUGUCUUUGCAAGGACUUAGCUUACUGUGCUGCAGGUUCAGUUUUCCUGGGAGAGACUAUGGGGAAAAAGAGGAGGAAGAAUCACUUGAAUUGCGAACCAAGGACGACUCUGCAUGCAAUGGCCGGGGCCCACCGGAGGUGGCGGUUUCUCAGCCUGUAUCCACAGUCAAUGGACUCAUUAGCCGGGUGGAGGUGCCGGAAGAGAGGAGGGGUCUGAUCAGCCUGAAGAAGUCGGAUCAGACUGAGAAGAAUAGAGUGGGCUUGGAGCCGGAUGCAGACUUUCCGCUGAAAGGUUGGUUGUACCGAGAUGUGCAGGAGAGCUGGAUCCGACAGCGGCGACAGUGGUUCGUUCUCACACAGGACUCGCUGGACUGCUACAACGGUCAGGAGAAGAGUUCACGAAGGCUGGGCAGCCUGGUCCUCACGAGUCUCUGCUCGGUCAUCUGGCCGGACAAGCAGACCUACAAGGAAACCGGCUACUGGAGCAUCACGGUCUACGGCCGGAAGCACUGUUAUCGGCUGUUCACCAAACACUUCAAUGAAGCGCUACAAUGGGCGUGUGCCAUCCAGAAGGUCAUAGACAGCAAGGCCCCGGUGGAGACGCCAACCCAGCUGCUAAUUCGGGACAUUGAGAAAAGCAAGUCUAAUCAGGAGGCGGUGGAACAGAUUUACCAAAAAAACCCAAUCCUGAGGUACACCCAGAGCCCGCUCUACGCCCCUCUGCUUCCCUUUCCUUAUGGAAGCUUUGACCACACCUACCACAGCGGGAAGGGCUACGGCUCGCUCCGAGAUGAGGCCGUCAAGCUGUUUAACUCGCUGCAGCAGCUGGAGGUGGCCCUGGACCCUGUGCCACUGAUGCAGGGCGUGCUGCAGACCUGCCAGGACCUGCGACCACUUCGGGAUGAGGUCUACUGCCAGCUGGUGAAGCAGACCAGUGGGGUGCCCACCCCCGACGCGCUCACUUACCUGCGCUACUGGCAGAUGCUCACCUGCAUGAGCUGCACCUUCCUGCCUGGGACACCCGUGCUCAGUUACCUGCGCUUCCACCUCCACAGAGUGCUGAGAGACCAUCCCAACACGGAGGUAGACAGCUACGCAUCGUUCAUCCUGGAGGCGCUGGCGAAGACGCGGUGCCGUGAGAACGUGCCGUCCUGCGAGGAGAUCCAGGUGCUCGUGAGGCGGCAGGAGCUGCAAUGUACAGUGCACCACCCCGGGCCAGGCUCCUGCCAGACUCCUAUCAGCUCCCACACCACCGCCGAUGAGCUCGUGAAGAAGUUGGUGAAGCAGCUCGGACUGCAAGAAAGCCGGAAUACCUUUGCACUUUUCGAGAGAAGUGGCCAGAGAGAGCGGGUCAUCGGGGGCAGCACCAUCAUCGCUGACGUGCUGACUGGCCUCUCCAGGAAGUCGGACGCAGACGCACAGAAAUGGCUGUACUUCAAGCUAUACUGCUAUAUAGACACAGAAAACAUCUUGCCUGACAGUCUUGAGUACACCUUACUUUUUGAACAGUGCCAUGAGAUGGUGGUGCGGGGUCAGCUCCCCGCCCCCGAGGAGGACCUGCAGACCCUGGCCGCUCUCCGCCUACAGAGCCUCUUCGGGGACUUCAGCACCCACUCCCCCUGCCCCCCACUGGAUGAGCUGUUCCCUGGCCAUGUGGUGGAGGCACGGGUCCUGGUCACCCUGAAGGCCGCCCACCCACAUCCUGACACCACAGCCACAUCCCAGGCCCCGCCUCCUGGCCGGCCACAGCGCUUCCGCGGCGGCUUCCUAGCGGGGGCGCUAUGGAGCCACGCGUCGAGCUCUGCCCAUAAGCAGAAGGCAGAGCAAGACCUGCGGUUGCGGGGCCGGUUGAAGGAGGAGGGGGCCGCGGUGAUGGGGGCCAUCCUGGAGCACUGGAAGGGUCUGGUGGGGUAUAGCCAGGUGGACAGCAUGGCCGCUUACCUCAGCAUCGCCAGGCGAUGGCCUGGGUUUGGCUGCACGCUCUACGACAUCGACUUCUACAUCAGCUCGACAGGCAGUUUCUGUCAGAAGCUAUGGCUGGGAGUGGGGGCGACGUCUCUGUCGCUGUACAGGCAGGGGGAGGCGGAGGCCAUGGAGUCCCUCCCCUUCAGCCAGAUCUGCUCCUAUGGAGCAUCUGAUAGCAGCACCUUCAGAGUCACUGCUGGGGACCGGGAUCUUCUGUUUGAGACCAGCAAGCCAACUGAGAUAAUGCAGUUGAUGAACGCGUACUUGAACAUCACACACCAGCAACAGGGACAGGAGGUUAUCACAGGGUCAGACGAGGUCUUCCACCAUACCCCUGCUGUCUUGGAACUACCCAGUCACCUCGUCUAAGGAGACCAGGUACCCAGCGGCAAUCACAGAGGGCCUCCAGGACUGACUGUCGGGCAGGACCCGGGGGUAUAUGCUGUCAGAUCAGGAAUUUGUUGUUGAUACUUGUUGGUUCUGAGUCAAGAGGAGGCACAGCGAUGAGUCUGUCUGCUGUGCUGAAGGAGUCUGCACUAAGCAAUGCUUUGUGUUCCUCAUGAAGGGGGCUCUGCACAAAGACAACCAUCUGAAGGUCUUCAGCUUCAGCCUCAGAUUCCUUGCCUCGUAGCUAUUGACCCCACAAAGCGUGUGAAAGUGGGAACCCCAACAGACAUUGAGUAUAAGGACUCAUCAGACAACACACAGAGUUAAAAGGCACUGAAUCAGAAGAGAAGAAGUAUACAGGCAAUAUGAAAGCAAAUUAAAAAUUGACCAACCAAAAGUAUGUUAUACCAAAUGACUUCAGUUUUUCCUUUGAUUUAAAGCUUUUUAAACUACGUUCUGUUGCUUGUCUGAAGUUAAAUCAGCAAGAAGGAAACCACGUCCAUCGUAAAGGACACUUGUAGUAGCCUUUUAUUACGUGUAACACUAGGUCUACUCCAUUGUAGUAUGCGCUAUUGACUGCAACAAAGCAAAGGCAGUAAAACCUACCUCUCUGCAGCCUGACUAACAAGAACAUUACUUUCCACAGGCCUUCACCUGCUGUCAUAAUAUGUUACUUUAACCUUUUAAACAGUGAAUUGAAGUGUUUCCCAAUCUAGUCUUCGGGAACACAUAGACAGUCCAUGUUUUUGCUCCCUCCUAUCUCUCAGGGGAGCAAAAAUGUGGCCUCUCUGCCAGGGAGCUUGGAGGGAGCAAAAACGUGGACUGGCUGUGGGUUCCUGAGGACUGGAUUGGGAAACACUGGUGUAUUGGAAUGACUGUUGGAAGGGUUUCGACUGGUUAUGUCUGAUACUGUGGAUGCUUGAAACUGUGCACGCACACAGACACACACUUGCACACACACUCAUUUUGCCAAUUCGAAUGGAAAUUCAGCCUCUCACUGACUGACAUUACACUGGUAACACAUGUAAAGAUAUACACAAUCUGAAUCCACACCUCACCAGUUUUUACCCAGUCUGACAACUGCUGAACUAUUACAAUUAUUUAUAUAAACGCUUUUGUUGUGUCAUAUAGUGGAAAUAAGUUUCUUGUACCUUUUUUGUUUGUUAUUACAAAGCACUAUAUUUGUAUUUGAUUUGCCUAAACCAAAAAUAUCAUUCAUUAUAUUUGUAAUACAAUUACAGGAUUCGUCAAGCAUGGAUUUAAAAAUUAUAGCACCCCCUGUUGGCAGUAUUGCUCUUACAUGUGUAGAUUUUCUCAUUAUUCACAGACUUUUAAAUAUUCCUCAUCCUGAAAAUUUUGUUUUAACACAAGGACCAAAAUAUCUGUCGUUACUCCCUGUUGAGGAUCUUGAUGUUUGUUUAUUCUUUCCGGAACUUCUCUAAGAGCCUUGACACUUUAAACCACAGGGAGUAAUUAAUGACAGAUAUCUGAUUGAUUAAUUACACCGUCAAAACAUUCCAUUAAUGCCCAUUGCAGAUGAGUUGUACUAAUCAUUAUAAUCGCGGUACUGCCAGCUCCAGUUGGCUCAGUACGGCUCACGCGUUUGCUCCAAGAAUACCACUACUUCCACUUUUGGAUGAAAGGGAUUCAUGUUUAUAUAGGAGUAUAAUAAUUGUAUUAACAAUAAUAAUCUGGUUUUAAAUUUUAUUUGUAUUUCUUCUAGCAUUAAUUUAUAUAGUGGUCUCUUUCCGAACAAUUCUAAAAUUGUUACACAUUUAUUUGUUAUAUUUAACUAUCUGAACAGAUAAGAAAUUAUUAGACGUUGAACUUUUGCCAAGUUUCCAGAUACAGUUUAAUUCUCCCAAGGCUUAAAAUCAGAGAAAGCCGUUUAAUACAAUUCUGGUUAUCAAAAAACUAUGAGAACAAUACUGCCUUAAUCAAACUGUGUAAUUGGAACUUGAUUUGUCCUUUAUUCACAGGAUGCAGUUGGCGUUGUCACUGCAAAUCCGUGGUUCUCAAUCCUGUUCCUGCCCUCCACCCAUUGCCAGAAUGUCUUCAUUCAAACCCUCCCUUAAUCAGGCUUAUGUGCUCCUUAAUAGGCUGGGAAUGAAUUUUGGCAGGUUGAAAGCAGAUGAGUUGGAAUGAAAACAUUCUGGCUGGGGGGCGGACUGUGAACAACUGCUAUAAAUUAACGUGUGAGACAUUAUCCAUGCCAAAAUGUAACAGGACUGGGCCAUUUACUACUUUGGGUUAUGGGGAGACACACUUCACAUUUCAAGCAGGUUUGCAAUCAGCCCUUGUCAGUCUUGCACCCCAAUGUCCUUUCCUUAAUAAGAGUUUCCAUUCCAGUAGCAUCCUCCAUGGGGGGGCGGGAGGGGGGGGCAACCAAAAUCUGCUUCUUCUCAACCACUGUGCUGUUUCUCCUACAGCUGCAGGCAGCUUAUUGUAUCGUUGAAAAGCUUUUCCCCCAUUUUUUCUGUUUGUAAAACGAUGAGUUGUGUUUAUCUUCUUUUUAUUCUACAUGGUACUUGUCUUCCUCUCUCUGUCUCUAUGCAUAUAUAAAAUAUAUGUGUCAGUUGCACUAUGUUUAAGCAGGUUAACUCAGAUGUGCAAUAAAUUAAAAAAUUCAUAUAUAUAAUUAAAAAAUAUAACUCUGACUUUUGAAAGUUGUCAUUUCUAAGCGUGAUACUCAGGUGGGAAGGUCAUACUCCGGUGGGUCAGCACGGCUUAGUAAAUAUCACAUUUUACAUGGAUUCAUUUACUAAUUAAAAUCCAGUUAAUUAAAAAUGUCUUUAAUCAUGUCAGUUUUCUGUAAUGUUUGUAAACUAUUUUCAAAACAUAAACAAAAAAAAGCUGCCUCCCUAGAUGUUAAUAUGCAUUUGUCCUGUUGUACCCAACCCUUGACUUGACUUGUAUGUUCUAUAACCAAAUGUUUUAUUUAUAUCACACAAAUAUAUGUGGAUCAUUCUUGAAA